AUGAAGUUCCCAGUGAUAUUUUGUCGUUUAAAGAUGAUUUCGCAGAAAAAUGAAGAGCGGGCGAAGUAUCCGAAAACGAACGCGAAUUUUUUAUCGAAUAUAACUUUUUUAUACUCUUUAAGAACAAUCUGGAACACUUUCAAAACAGGCAAGUUCGAAGAACAUCAACUUCCAGACAUUCCAAAAACUUAUAAAGCUGAAGUGUCUGGACUUUCAUUACAAAACCAUUUACAGACAUACAAAAAUAAUAAUAAACAAAUUUCCUUAUCUAAAAUUCUAUUGAGAUGCUACGGAAUGAAUUAUUUACUGCUGGGAUUAAUGCAGCUGAUAGUAAGAUCUGCAGUAAUAGUAACCAUCCCAAUGGCUCUGGGCAAAGUGAUAUUGUACUUUCAACCGAACCAAAAAGAACUAUCCAAAAACCAAGCAAUUUUCUACGCAUCUCUGCUAAUCCUCCUAAAUUUCUGCAACGUGACCUACCUCCACAACUACCUCUUGAAGCUCUCUGAAUUCGGAAUAAAAAUAAGGACCUCCAUUUGCUCGGUGUUGUUCAGGAAAUGCCUGAAAUUACCCGUCAGCGCUCUAUCCGAUUUAACCACCGGAAGGAUAGUGAAUUUAAUGACGAAAGACGUCGCCGCUGUGGAGAAGUUCAUUUUCUAUUUCAACGACACUUUGAUCGGAAUUGCUCAAGCAGUAAUUGUCUUCGGUUUGCUGUUCGUUAGGAUGGGUUUGUCCGCUUUCGUUGGAAUGGGAAUUUUGUGCGUUACAAUUCCUUUACAAAUUUGCACCGCUAAAAUUACCUCGAAAUUAAGACUGAAAUCGAACGAAAAAACGGACGCGCGGUUGCAAGUUACCAAAGAAACUUUAAGCGGUAUCGGUUCGAUAAAAAUGAAUAAUUGGGAGGAUAUUUUCGAAGAAAAAAUUAAUACGCACAGAUCGAAAGAAAUGAAAGCCAUCCUGAAAAUAUCAAUAUACAAAAUUUUAACAUUUCUACUCAGUAAUUUAUCCUCGAAAAUAGCCUUUUGCUCGCUGCUAAUUUCCUAUCUACUUCUGGGUAACGCAUUUUCCGCGGAACUGAUUUACUACAUAACAACUUUAUUUAUGCGAAUAAGACACGCUUUGAACAUAGCAAUUCCCACAGGAGUAUUAGUUACAGCUGAAGUUCGACCCGCCAUAGAAAGACUAGAAGGUUUACUAAAGUCAAAAGAAAUUCCACUUAUCGAUCAACUCGAAAACAACACUAAUACAAUCCAAAUUCAAUUAACCAAUUGCUCGGUGCGCAUUAACGAUAAACAAAUCCUAAAGGAUGUGAAUUUAAACAUCAGCUCUGGUCUGGUCACUUUGACUGGUCCUGUGGGAAGCGGGAAAACAACUCUAUUAAAAACUAUCAUGGGAGAAUACGAGUUAGAUGGAGGAAAGCUGGUAAAAGAAGGAGUAAUUUCCUACGCGCCUCAGGAACCCUGGAUUUUCCCGGGAACUUUAUCGGAAAACAUAAUAUUCGAGGAAGAAUUCGACGAGGACCGCUACAAAAAAAUAUUGGAGAUUUGCGCGUUGGAUUUCGACCUCAAACGCACACCACUCAAUAAAUUACGCAAUAUCGGCGAUAAAGGAGCGAACAUCAGCAAAGGGCAAAAAGCGAGAAUCAACCUAGCCAGGGCUCUGUACAAGCGAGCAGAUAUCUAUUUAUUAGACGAUCCUUUGGCAUCCUUGGACACUCUCGUUCAAAGAUUCGUUUUUAUUAAUAGUGUUCAGCGAUUUUUGAGCAAUAAAACUUGCUUGUUUGUCACUCACAAUCUGGAAUUAGUCAGAACUGGUGCAGUAGUUCAUAUGAAGGAUCACGAAAUUGUAGAGGUUGAAAAUCGCAGAGAUGAGGAAGAAUGUCCCGUUCCCCGAAUAGAAGACGUAAAUAAAAUCAAUGUUGAUAAAAAUGGUAAUGCAGAACUAACGAUAAAUGAUGAGGGUUUGGCGGAAUCUUCGAAAUUAUUGAUUCCCUUGUCGGACAACAAGAAUGUGUAUAGAGAAAAAAAUAAAUCAGGAAAAGUGGAUAUUGAUGUUUACAAAAAAUACAUCCACUCCGGCGGAGGAUUAAUGAUUAUUUCGUUAUUUAUGAUACUAUUUUUCGGUACACACUUCUCUAAAAGUUAUUCGGAAAAAAUCUUAAGUGACUGGGUGGAUACAAUACACAACAAUUCCACGCAACAAGUAAUUCGACCAUUAGAAAACAAACAAUUAUUAUUAUAUUUUAUAUUCGUCAUUUCCACCACAAUAUUAGCGUUACUGUCUGGACUAACAGUGUUCAGAUUCAGCAAAAAAACUUCGCUGAAACUUCACGUAGACAUGAUUAAAUCGGUUUUAAACGCCUCCAUGAAGUUCUUCGAUCGAAACUUACUGGGUAACAUAUUAAAUCGAUUCUCCAAGGAUUUGAACAUCGUCGACGAGGAGAUUCCAUUCGCCUUGUACGAAUUCUUAGAGAUAUUUUUUGGUAUGGCUGGAAUUGUUAUAUUAUUAUCGAGCGUGAAUAUAAUUUUUCUGUUACCAACAAUUGGAAAUUUCUUUGUAUUGUACUUAUUAAGGAAAGUGUACAUUCCGGCUGGAAGGAGCUUACAAAGAUUGGAUACAGCUACCAAAAGUCCAGUUGUUGGGUUCUUGAAUUCAUCGUUAGAAGGAUUAACGACUAUAAGAGCUUUCGGUGCUCAAUCGACCCUCACUGAAGCAUUUGAUAGACACCAAAAUUUAAAUGUUUCAGCAAGUUUAAUGUCGAAAAUCUGCGAUAGAGCAUUCGGUUAUUACCUGGACGUGUCUUGCACUAUUUUCAUAGGCGCGAUUAUUGGAACAUUUAUAUUUUUCGAUCUAGGAUCUUCUGUGGGCGAUGUGGGUUUAGCGAUAACCCAAGCAUUCAUGUUAACAGGCGUAGUCCAAUACGGACUUCGAAAAUGGACGGAAAUCGAGAACAAAAUGACGUCCGCAGAAAGAAUUUUGCAAUACACCGAUUUAGAACAAGACUUGAGCUAUGCUAAAAGCCCUUGUACAUGGCCUGAUGAAGCUACUAUAAAGUUCCAAAACGUCUCUUUCAAAUACAACGAAGAUUACGUUUUGAGAGAUAUCAACUUGGAGAUCGGAACGAAACAAAAAGUUGGAAUAAUCGGCAGAACAGGUGCUGGAAAAUCGACUUUGAUAUCGCUUCUGCUAGGGCUCUAUCCAUACGAAGGCGAUAUUUUUAUAGGACCUUCGAAUCUAACGAACAUUCCUCGCAAAAUCCUUCGAAGGAACAUUUCCAUCAUCUCCCAAGACCCGGUUCUGUUCACGGGCACAAUUCGAGCGAAUCUGGAUCCUUGCAAUAAACACACAGACGAACAAAUAUGGUCUGUUAUCCGAAAACUCCAGCUAGAAAAAUUGAUUGAAUCGCUAUACUCUCCGAUCUCCGAAUCGGGCUCGAACUUCAGCGCCGGCCAGAAGCAGCUCCUCUGCUUGGUCAGGUGUCUACUGGGCGAAAAUAAAACCAUUAUUUUGGACGAGGCCACGUCCGACGUCGAUUUGCCUUCGGAAUGUCUGAUCAACUGCAUUCUGCAGCAGAAUUUCGAGGAGUGCACUUUAAUAUUGGUGGCGCACCGGCUCAAAACUGUCAUGAAUUGCGAUGUAAUUGUCGUCGUGCAAGAGGGUCGAAUCGUGGAGAAAGGCAAACCGGAGGAAUUGAAAUUAAAUACAAGCGGAGUUUUCUACCAAAUGAUCGGCAAAUCUACUUAA